GUCCCACAGACCCCAGAACAUUCCAGGGCUCUUUUAAUUGCAUCGGGUCGGGUACACGUCUCAGAAAUGGUUCCUUACCUCUCCGAAUUGUAAUCCCACCGUUCUCAUAGAUGCUUCGCUUCGGUGUCUUGCUGAGUCCUUCGAAUCAGCGUCUUUAGGUCCCAUAGCCGAAAACAGUGGCAGCUCUGGAGUCUGGGCUAAAUCCUCGAUCGUAUGAGUCGGAAGACGCGUAGCUCAUUCCAGAAUUAGCGAAAUUGCACUCCCGUAGUGAAAACGCGUCACGCAGAAACGAGUCAAGCAGAAACGAGGCCUCCCGCGGAAAUGGCUCUAGUGCAGCAGCGCUCCCAGCGACGAUUGACUCCCGCCGCUGGUGGCGGGGCGAUUCCACACCAGCCGCCCGGCUACUACGCCGCAGCACCGCCGGGGAUGGGGACCAUGACAAUGAACGCGAGACCGCAAGCUGCGCCGCAAGGGGCGCCGCAAGCGGCGCCGACGAAGGCGGAGAUUCAGCUGGCGAAGGCGCAGGAGCUGAUGCAGAAGCUGAACCAGCCGAACCUGCACAAGAAGCAGCCUCCCCCGGAAAAGGAAAAAAGGGAGAAGAAGGCGGCCGGGCCGCGGCUAUCGAAUCAGGAUCUGAAGCAGCUGAUGAACCCCAAUCUCUCGAAGAUGAAAGGCGCUCCGGCUCUGUCGCAUCUCGCGAAUAGUGGUAGUAACGGUUUUGGCAACCCGAAUUCGCAGCAGUUUCAGAGGCCGUCUGGGAUGACGAGCCAACACGUGGCGCCGCACGGCCAGUCGCCGCAACACGCGGCGCAACAUGCGGCGCAACAAGCGCCGCAGUUUCAGCAGCAGAAUAGGCUGGUGGGACAACAAGGAGGAGCGUAUGGGACUAUUAGUCUGGGACCAUCGGGACCUUCCCCGCAACUCCACAAAAAUACGUCUCUACCAGUUGGGCGGCGAAACGCGGUUCCGUUAGGCGUGACGGGUUCCCCGAACCGAAAUGGCGCAGGGAUGGGCGUUGGAAGCCCGAACCAGAUAGCGAGGUUCGGAGCUCCACCGGGCCAAGCCCCCGGACCUGGGGGCUUGGGUCGGAGAGUGAGUCUCCCGGUCGGAUUUUCAGGGGAAGCUGAUUUGGGAUACGGCUCGCCGCCGCAGCUCCCGCCGCAACUGUCGCCGCACGGGCCGCCGCAACUGUCGCCGCAUGGACCGCCGCAACUAUCGCCGCACGGACCGCCGCAACUGUCGCCGCACGGGCCGCCGCUGAAGAGCCCUGUGGGGGCGAUGCGGUCUCCGACAUUCCCAGGGGGAGAUCCGCGGGCGGGAGAAUUGAGGGGAGGCGGAGGAGGGGGAAUGCGCGGAACCGGGGGGGAGAUUGCGGUAGCCAAGGAAACGCGCGCGUUAAGCAGCAAUAGGUCACUAACGCGGAUGCUCGAAAGCAAGGAGGUUACGGGCGACAAUAGCCCGAGAGUUUUCGGAGGCAGGUCAAUUCGGGAAGGGCAAUUACGGCCAGAAAAUAUUCGACGCGCCGGUUCGAUCGAUGACGAACGCUUUAGCGCGGGAUGUGAUUAUAACCAAGCAGGAGCUCCGAAUGUGGGGGAAUACGAGGAUGAAGAAGAUAUGUACGGUGGAGCUGGGUCGGCGGAGGGGGAAGCGGGGGAGGAGGCGGAAGAGUGGAGUAGGCAGAGCGCAGCGCCGCCGCUGGGCGCUCUCAGGUCUCCGCACGCCACGUCUCCCAUUCCCCCUUCCCCCAGUGGCGGGAACUCCCCCGCGAACGCAGCCUUUUCCCCGCGCCUUCCCCCGCAGCGUCCCCCCCGGCGGAGCGGCUCGAACGUCGACCAACUAUUAAAGACGUCCUUAGAAGACCUCCAGAUCGACCCGCGGAACUGUAGGAGCCUCUGCAACUCCAAUAGCAGCUCGCCAAGUGUCAGCCGCUGCAACAGCGUCGACGCUACUAACAGCGACCUCCUUAUUACUACCGGCGGGGAGGGUACUAACGGGGACGGAGUAGCAGCAGCAGCAGCAGCCGCUGCCGCGGCUCGAGGGAAGUCGAGGCUCGGCCCGAGCCGCCAAGGCAGCCUCGUCUCAGGCUCCGCCGCAGCCGCAGCAGCCGCCGCCGCCGCCGUUGGCGCUGGAGGCGCUGCGCCAGUGGGAAUCGCGCGGGUUUCGGGCGCUCCGCAGCCCGUGGCGCUGAGUGCCGCGGCCGCCCGCAAGUCGCUCCAGAACUUGCGGAAGACCCCCGCAGGAGGGGGAGCGGACUUCUCGUCCUCCGCGCCGGCCGGCGCGCUUGCCGGCCCGCGAUUGGCGGCGCAACAGCCGCCCGUGGGACGGGGAAAAGCCGUGGCGCGCACGCAGUCGCUGGAUUGCUCGAGCGGUAACCAGCUGGCGCAGAAGGUCGUACUUAAAUCCCGCGCCGCGUCAGUCGAUAUGGCGGGCAUGGCCGCACAAGCCGCCGCACAAGCCGCCGCACAAGCCGCCGCACAAGCCGCUGCAGCAGCAGCAGCAGGAGGAUCUCUCGGAGGGGCUUCACCGCUAGGCGCAGCAGGGACGACGGGAAUAGCGGCAGCGGCGGCGGCGGCGGCGGCGGGAGGGCUUACGGUGGGAGGGAAGGUCCCGAAGUCCUUCUCCGCAAGUGGCGCCGCGUCUUUCGGCGGAAGAGCUGCUCCGCACAUGACACGUGUCGCUCGCUCGCUCUCCUCCCUCUCCAGCGAUCUCGCCGCCUCUUCCGCUGCUUCUGGUUCCAUCAGCGGCAACAGCGGCGGCAACAGCGGCGGAAAUAACGGCGGAAGUAGCGGCGGCAGUAGCGGGAUUAGUAGCGCAAACAGCGGGAUAAGCUCCAUCGCCGCAGCAGCCGCCGCGACCGCCGCGCUAGACGACGAAGUCUGCAGCGUGGAGGAGAUCCGAUCCGCGUUUUACAAAGCCAAAGGCGGCGGAAAGGGGAUUUUAGGGUUCGCGAUGCGCGGGCUGUCGCAAUUGUCGGGGAUGCUGGGAGGGGGGCCGGGUUUGACGGAAAACGUGUUAGGGCGGGAGUUUGUCGCGAUCGAGAAGAAAUAUCUUGUAAUGAUGGAUCAGGAGCUUGGGUCGGGGCAGUUUGGCGUGACGCGGAUGGCCAAGUGCCGACAAACGGGGAAGCAGUUCGCGUGCAAAUCGAUCUGCAAGGCGAAUCUCAAGAGCAAGUCUGAUUUGGAGGAUAUACGGCGAGAGGUUUCGAUGCUGGAAACUCUACGACCCAACCCUAAUAUUGCUCGGCUGGAAGACGUUUUUGAGGAUGAGGAGGGAGUGCACAUGGUGAUGGAGUUAUGUGUGGGUGGCGAGCUCUUCGACAAGAUCAAGGAGAAGAAGCGGUACGAGGAGAGAGAUGCCGUCCCCGUUAUGCGAACCAUCCUCGACGUCCUCGCAUUCUGCCACAUGCGCGGCAUUGUGCACCGCGACAUCAAGCCAGAAAACGUCCUCCUUACAAGCCCCGACUCGAUAACCGAAUGCAAGCUCAUCGACUUUGGUGUAGCUACUGUAGUCAAGCCCGGUGCGAAGCCGUUAUGCGACUUUGUCGGGUCGCCGUUUUACGUUGCACCGGAGGUGAUCGAAGGCAGUUACGGUAUCCCUGCAGAUGUGUGGUCCGCUGGGGUUGUUCUAUAUGUCUUGAUUUCAGGUGUUCCACCUUUCUGGGCGCGCACAGAUGCUGGGAUUAUGAAAGCAAUUAAAGAGGCGAAGCCGUCUUUCAAAGGGGAGGCAUGGCGGGAUGUAUCAUUGGAGGGGGUGGACCUAAUAAGGAGGAUGCUGACAAGGGACCCGAAGAAACGACUAACAGCUCGAGCCGCUCUUGAGCAUUCAUGGUUCUCUGUUUGGAACGACUGAACCUCCUUUGCCACCCUUGCCGACCAUCGCUACAAAAAAAAUUAUGCCGGGACUUGUCUUCCUGUACAGAUGAGGUAUAGUUGAUGCAUGUCAGUAGAUGUGACUGGCACCUUGCUACAAGUGGACAUGCUCAUACAUACGUUCAAUAUGUAGACAUCAUUUCAUAUUUUUCAAUUGCAAUGAAGGACGUGUCAUCACCCAGUAGGCUUUCUUGAAUGAUUUCAUAUUGUUCAUACGUAUACCAUGGGCUAUGCUGCAUAUGAAUAUUUGA